GCCGGCCCCGGCCCCCUCCGCCGCCCGCCCAUGGCUCGGCCGCUGCCGCUGCUGCUCUGCCUGGCCGCGCUGGGAGCCGGCUGCCGGGCAGAGCCUCUCCCGACCGGCACGGCCGGGCCCUCCGCCGAGCCGCUGCAGGACGAGGCGGAUAACCAGGAGAACAUCCUCUCCCAGCUCUUAGGGGACUACGACAAGGUGAAGGCGGUGUCCGAAGGCUCCGACUGCCGCUGCAAAUGCGUGGUGAGGCCCCUGGGCCGCGGGGCCUGCCAGAGGAUCAACGAAGGCGCUUUCAGAGCCGAGGAUUUCUACACGGUGGAAACCAUCACGUCAGGACCCAGCUGCAAGUGUGCGUGUGUGGCUCCCCCCUCGGCCCUCAACCCCUGCGAGGGGGACUUCAGGCUGAAGAAGCUGCGGGAGGCGGAGAGCAGCGACCUGAAGCUGUCCUCCAUCGUUGAGAUGCUGGAAAGUGCCUUUUAUGGCUUAGACCUUCUGAAGCUGCACUCGGUCACAACCAAGCUGGUGGGUCGGGUGGAAAAGCUGGAGGAGGGCAUGUCCAGGAACUUCACGCAGCAAAGCCACCAGGCUGGAGCCAACGUGGAGGAGGAUGUGCAGGAUCCCCACGGCAGGGACAGGGAGAACUGCUCCAGGCUCCUCACCAACAGCCUCCCUGACAUCGAGAGCUCGCUGCAGCGGGAUGCCGAGGCUGCCUACAUGCACACAGAGGGCAAAUAUGAAGAAAGAUUCCUGAAAGAUGAAACCAUCUCACAGCAGAUCAACUCUGUGGAGUCCCUCCCGGAGCUGCACCUCUCUCCAGAGGACGAGAAGCCCGAGCAGCUCCUGCAGAGGAAGCUGCACAUGAGGAGCCGGCCUCCUUCCAAGCCCACCAUUGUCCGAGGGGUCACCUACUACAAAGCUCAGUCCACCGAGACGGAGAACGACAUCGAGGAGCAGCCAGAUGAGCUGUUCAGCGGGGACAACACGGUGGACUUGCUGAUUGAGGACCAGCUCCUGAGGCCCAGCAGCAGGGCGGGAGAGCCCAUGAGGAAGCCCUCCCCGGUGGGAUGGCCGCCCACCCCUGGCAGUGACCCCACCACCCUCCCAGCCGCUGAAACUGCCACCACGGCCACGGUGCCUCUGUCCCCUGCCACGUCCGUGGGCCCCACGCCGGACACUCCUGCUGUGAGCCGUCUGACCCCCACCCCAGAGACCACCACCACCACCCCAGCAGGGCCGCUGGAGGAGGGCACCCCGCAGCUCCCAGCGGCCUCAGCCAGCACAGCCGUGGAGAGCCUGCCCGUGGCCACCAGCCCUGCUGUGGCCACCACUGCUGGGAGCCCCAGGGAUGUGGGGACAAGCCCUGCCCUGGAGAGCAGCAGCCCAGGACCUUGGGGCCAGGCGAGCACCCCUGCGACACCGGUCAGCCCCAGCAUCCCUGCCACGCCGAAGCAGGCCCUGGAGGAGGAGGACAUCAGGAACAUCAUCGGGCGCUGCAAGGACACGCUGUCCACCAUCUCGGGGCCCACUACCCAGAACACCUACGGGCGCAAUGAGGGGGCCUGGAUGAAGGACCCCUUGGCCCGGGAGGAGCGGAUCUACGUCACCAACUACUACUACGGGAACACACUGGUGGAGUUCAGGAACCUCGACAACUUCAAGCAAGGUCGCUGGAGCAACUCCUACAAGCUCCCGUACAGCUGGAUUGGGACGGGGCACGUUGUCUACAACGGCUCCUUCUACUACAACCGGGCCUUCACGCGCAACAUCAUCAAGUACGACCUGAAGCAGCGGUACGUGGCCGCCUGGGCCAUGCUGCACGACGUGGCCUACGAGGAGUCCACGCCAUGGCGGUGGCGAGGCCACUCGGAUGUGGACUUUGCUGUGGAUGAGAACGGCCUGUGGGUCAUCUACCCGGCCAUCAGCUAUGAGGGCUUCAACCAGGAGGUGAUCGUGCUGAGCAAGCUGAACGCCGCCGACCUCAGCACCCAGAAGGAGACGACGUGGCGGACGGGGCUGCGCAAGAACUUCUACGGGAACUGCUUUGUCAUCUGUGGGGUCCUGUACGCGGUCGACAGCUACAACAAGAGGAACGCCAACAUCUCCUAUGCCUUUGACACUCACACCAACACGCAGAUCAUCCCGCGGCUGCUCUUUGAGAACGAGUACUCCUACACCACGCAGAUAGACUAUAACCCCAAGGACCGCCUGCUCUACGCCUGGGACAAUGGGCACCAAGUCACCUACCACGUCAUCUUUGCCUACUGAGAACCCCCUCCCAGCGUCACGGUGGGGCAACUGCGAGCCAGGGGCCACCAGCACCUUUUGUUACUAUUGUUAUUAUUGUUAUUUUGUACAAAUCAAAGAGUAAAUGAUGGGUUUUGUUUCAA